AUGCUGUCGCUAGCCGUCUGGCUGGUCGCAGCGGUGACUGCGCAAUAUGGAGCCAUGGAAGUUCCGGCCGGACUCAGUCCACGGUACUAUCUUGGAGGAGCGCAGCUUUUGGAACGGCAGAUCAUUGGUGUUGGUGGAUGUGGUACAAAUCAGCAUCCAUGUUUGGACGUCGGUGCUUCCGUCUGCUGUGACAACACAGCAUACUGUAUCAUUGGCAUCGAUAAUGUACCAUCCUGCUGCUCAAUCGGUUCGGACUGCAGCAAAGACACCCCAUGCGACUCCCUCCAUUACUUCUGCCCGGGCACCGCAACCUUCACCGCCGGGACGGCUCAAGCAACCGGCUCUUGCUGCGCCAGAAGUUGUCCGACUACCAGUGCCUAUAAAUGCGCUGCGACAUAUGGGGGAGGAUGUUGCUCAUUCGAUUCUCAAUGUGGCAGCAGUACUUGCGUUCCUCUAACGACGUCGACUACAAGCGCCAUUGUAUCCGAGGUCCCCAGCGGGUGUACAACAAACCAGAUUUCGUGCCCGACUUCCCUAGGCGGAGGAUGCUGUGACAAUACAUUGACUUGUACGGUAUUGAGCAAUACCAACUAUUGCGCUGCUGGUACUGGGACUGCAGUUAGAACGGGGACCAAUGGAAUUCACGAAACCUCGGUGCCACAAAGUUCGGGUCUGUCAACUGGCGCAAAGGCGGGGAUAGGAGCCGGACUUGGGGUUACUGCUUGCAUGGCCAUUGGGCUCUUUUUUUGGUUCUGUGUGCUUCAUCGAAGGCAGGCAAGGCUGAGCCAGAAAUCAGACUCUGACCCAGAACCACGUCCAGCCAUGUCACAAGCGUCUGGCUCUGCAGCGCCAAAGGCACCGACUCAGGCCGCGGAUUACUUUGGACCAGCAGCAGUAGCAGGGCCUUUCACCUCAGACCCUACCUCAGCAGUAACGAGCCCAGGAAGUGGAAGAGGAGUCCCACUAAGCCCUCAAAGCCCAGGAGAUAUCCAAGUCCCGGUCGAGAUCGAUUCCAGAGGUCAUUCAAACGCAACAUCACCCGGCAAUUUCGAAUAUUUGAAAUCCCCAGGGUUGACAGAACAUCCCGUCGAGCUGCCCUGA